AUGUUUCGCCUACCAUUAUUACUUCAACUACGACGAGUAACAACAACAUCUAUAUCAUAUCGCUUUAGUCAUUCAUUAUAUCCAUUAACAAUACGUGAAAUCUAUGAUAAAAAACCUUUAAAUCAAUCUAUAAAUCUUAUUGGUUAUCUUCUUAAUAUAAGAAAGUUAAAAACACAUUAUUUUCUUGAUCUCUUCGAUGGUUCAUUAACAAAUAAUCGAAAACAUUUACAAGUUGUUGCAUCAUUAGAUGAUCAUCCUGAUUUACCUCGUUUAACACAUGGUUGUUCAAUAAAUGUACAAGGUAAACUUGUUAAAAGUACACAUCCAAAACAAGAAUUUGAAUUUGUUGCUGAAAAUAUUAAUUUAAUAAAUUCAUGUGAUACAUCUCAUUAUCCAUUUAAACCAAAAACUGAUGAAACAUUAUUAACGUUACGUCAAGAUGAACAUCUUCGUCUUCGAUCACCACUUGCACAAGCUAUAUUUCGUUUACGUCAUCAAUUAACAUUUAGUUUAUAUGAAUAUUUUCAUAAUCAUAAUUUUAUACAAAUACAAACACCAUGUUUAACGAAAAAUGAUUGUGAAGGUGGUGGUGAAACAUUUCGUAUUCAACCAUAUCAAUCAAAAGUAACUCAGAAAGAAAAAGAAUAUUUUAAUACACAAGUUUAUUUAACUGUUUCGGGACAGUUACAUCUUGAAACAGCAGCAAAUGGUUUUGGACGUGUCUAUACACUUAACCCAACAUUUCGUGCAGAUAAAAAUUUAAGUCGAUUUCAUUUAGCAGAAUUUUGGAUGUUAGAAGUGGAAAUUGCUGGUCUAACUAAAUUAGAUCAAUUACUUGAUAUUUACAUUCAUCUUUUACGUACAGUUGCUACACAAAUAUAUAACAAAUGUUCUGAAGAAUUUAAAUAUUUAGCUAAUCAUAAUAUACAAUCGAAAUAUAUUGAACAAUUUCUUAAUCAAGAAACUUAUCCAAGAAUAAGUUACCAACAAGCAGUUGAACAUUUAAGAAAAAGUACUGAUUUUCAUGAUUUUCCCGAUAAUGGAGAUUUUACUCGUGCACAUGAAAGUUAUCUUUGUAAAACAAUAAUGAAUAAUCAAGCAUUUUUUAUAAUUAAUUAUCCAAAAAAAUUAAAACCAUUCUAUAUGUUAACUAAUGAUGAUAAUACAACAGUUGCUAAUUUUGAUUUUAUCUAUCCAUCUAUUGGUGAAUUAUCAGGUGGAAGUCUUCGAGAACAUCGUUAUGAACAAUUAAAAUUAUGUUUAGAUGAAUUAGAUAUAACACAUGAUUUACAAUGGUAUCUUGAUAUAAGACGUUUUGGUGGAAUGCCAACUGGUGGUUUUGGUUUAGGUAUAGAAAGAUUUUUAAUGGCUAUUACUGGUAUUGAUAAUAUUCGAGAUGUUAUAUUAUUUCCUCGUUUCUAUCAAAAUUGUAAUGCAUAA